AUGGCCUCAAACACAUUCCCAAAUAACCUCAUUACCCUCGCCAGCCGGGGUAAAGUAUGCCGGACCCUCGGAAUCAAAUUCAUAACCUCUCCCGAGAUAAUCUACAUAGCGCGCAACGCCGGCUUCCACGCCCUCUUCAUCGACCUUGAGCAUUCAUCGCUCUCCCUCGAGACCGCAAGCCACCUGUGCGUCACGGGGAUGAAUGCCGGUCUUUCACCCAUCGUUCGCGUACCGGGACAGGCUGGUCCGGGGCUUAUACAACGGGUGUUGGAUAAUGGCGCGCAGGGGGUUAUUGUGCCACAUGUUGAUACUGUUGAACAAGCCCUCUCCGCCGUUAGAAGCGCCAAAUACCCACCGCUGGGAAAACGCUCAGUAACUGGGAUGCUACCGCAUAUGGGCUAUCGCUCUGCAUUGAUAUCCGACGUGUCCGCUGUAGGAAACUCACAGCUCUCCACGGUCGUCGUCAUGAUCGAGGCUCCCGAGGCUGUAGCGAACGUCGACGAAAUCGCAGCCGUCGAGGGCGUCGAUGUUGUUCUUGUCGGAACGAACGAUCUAAGUAUUGAACUUGGCGUCGCGGGUGACUUUGAUCAUCCGUCCUUCGUGGAGAGUAUGCAGACCAUUGCGGCGGCUGUUAAGAAGCACGGGAAGAUACUUGGUGUUGCGGGAAUAUAUAAUCGGCCGGACUUACUAAGGGGGUAUAUCCAUGAGCUCGGGGCGAGGUUCGUGGUCGGACAUGUGGACCUGCCGAUGGUGGCAAAAGUCGCAGGGGCUACAGCGGAGGAGCUGGUCAAGCUAGAAGAAUAG